UUUAUGCAUAUUCGUACGAAGUGCAUAGUAACCCCGUAUUUUUACCUGAUAAAGUAAACAGAAAUUCUGUAAUAAAGAAUAUUGUUUAAUAUUUAAGGCUCAUAACACCUGUAAUGCAGAAUGAAAGUGAGAAAGAUGCACAAAGUCAAAAAUCAGCUCCGUCUGGAGAAAAGACACCAUCUCAAAAACAGAGUUCAAGUUCGAUAGGGAAAAAAACACCAUCCCAACAACAAAGUUCAAGUUCGAUUGGGAAAAAGACACCAUCACCUAAACAACAAAGUUCAAGUUCGAUUGGUAAAAAAACACCAUCCCAACAACAAAGUUCAAGUUCAAUUGGAAAAAAAACAUCAUUCCAGCAAGAAAGUUUCAAUUCGGUAGGAGAAAGAACUUUAGCCCAACAACAACAAUAUACAAAGCAAUUAGAAGAGCAACUUUAUAAUAUGCAACAAUCACAUAUUGCACUUAUAGUUCAAUAUAAUCGGGUCCUCUGCAGAGUGCGACAAAUUGUUAAUGCCACUCCAUUGGAACGUUGCAAACUGGUUGAUGAUUUGAAAUCAAUAGCGUUUUCGGUUAAGUCAAAUACAUCAAUUACUGAUGAAAUCCCCAGCAUUCGCAGUGAAGCAUGUUCCUUUGGUACUAUAAAUCGUAAGUGUGAUAUGAUGUUUGCAACACUCCGUUCUUUAGUAGGUGAAUUUAACGAUGCCUACACUAGGCAUGCUGCCUGCUUUGGGUUUGAGUUUGAGGAGGGUGAGGAAGGUGAAGAGUGCGAGGAGGAAGGUGAUUAUUUAAAUUCAGACUCCCAAACAGUUAUUGUAUCAAAGGAACAAAGUAAUCAGUCUAAGAACUCAAAGUUACAGAACGAUUUGUCACAGGAACCAGAAUCGAAUUUAUCAAAAACAGCAAGCAAAGCGAGCAAAAACUCAAAGGUAUUAAAAGAAAUGAGCUAUAAUGAUAGUGCGUCUGCAUCUAAACAAUCAAAACACUCAAACGAGGAGAGUCUAUCCAAAAACAGGACGAGCUCUAAUAGUAACCACUCAAGACUUUCAAAGUCCACGAGUAAGGGUUCAAAAAAAUGAGAUCAAAUAGUAGUCCGCAAAUAUUAAUAGGUUAAUGAAUUACGUAUAACACCAAUUUAUAUAUAUAUACAUAUGUGUUUAUAUACAAUUAUUUAUGCACAAAUGAAUGUGACACAUUUGUGAUAAUAAUAUAGUCAAGUUUACUUUUGUUAAAUAAAAUUGCACAGAAAAAGUUAAGGAAAAUUGUAUAAUGACAGUAGCAAUGAAAAUUCAAAAUU